UGCCUUUUUCUAAGCAUGUGAUUGGUUGAGAGGCUGGUAACGGAAUGCUGGUUGUCUCAUUGGUUGCCUCUGAUUCUCUUGCGGAAAUACAUUUGUUGCCUUAGCUGAUGCCGUCUGGAGUGGAUUCGUCAAGCUUGUGAAUAGAUCUGUAACCAUGCCGACUGGAUUUGUGAAAGCCAAAGAAUAUGACUGGAAAGAUUCUAAUUUAGCACUUUUCGGAUCUGACACAGAGAAAAAUGUGAAGAAGGCAUCAGCAGAGACCGAGCCAGCAUGGUCGGGAGCUGGUCAGAAAGUUGGCCUGCAGGUCUGGCGUAUCGUCAAAUUUAAGGUCAAGCACUGGCCAAAAGAAGAGUACGGCAAAUUUUACAAUGGUGAUUCUUACAUCCUACUGAACACCUAUAAAGAUCCAGAGGGGGAUGAGCUUCUUCAUGAUCUGCAUUUCUGGAUCGGAACAGAUUCCACUCAAGACGAGUAUGGUACGGCUGCGUAUAAGACGGUUGAGUUGGAUACUCUUUUGGAUGACAAACCCGUACAACACCGGGAGGUCAUGGACUACGAAUCUGACCUUUUCAAGUCAUACUUCAAGGCAAUCGAGUAUUGUCCACUGAACAAACACUGCUUGAAUCCCGACGAUGUUUUCAUCCUUGAUCUUGGCCUCCAGAUUUAUCAAUGGAACGGAGAGAACGCCAACAAGGAUGAAAAAUUCAAGGCUAUGCAGUACGUUGCUGGAUUGAAGAGUGAACGUGGAAAAGCAGAGAGCUCUACACUAGAAGGCGAUCGUGUAUCUUCUGACCACCCAUUCUAUAAGGCUCUAUCGGAUGACCCGCUUGACGCAGCCAAAGAUGAAUCUGAUACUGAGUCGAAACCAGCGAUGUUCAGGCUUCAGGAUCGAGGUAAACUUCAUUUCGAACAGGUUGCCGAUGGUUCACUUCCAAAGAACAAGUUAGACAGUGGGGAUGUUUUCCUACUGGAUAACGUCAAAGAAAUGUAUGUUUGGAUCGGCAAAGAAGCAGAUGCAGCUGAAAAGAAAAACGCGUUUGCCUACGCUCACAACUAUCUUAACAAAACGAAGCACCCAUUCAUCCCGAUAUCAUGCGUUUCAGAAGGCCGCGAACCAAAAGCUUUCUUCGACACGCUAUCCUAAGAAAAAUACCAUGUAGAACUAACGAGACUAUUGGAUAAAAAGCUAUUUCAUUCUUCUUCUAAUUAUGCCUUGCCUACCCAUUGAUUUUUAGUUCGCUUUAGAUUUACACCCAAGCUUUUAGGGCAUAAUUAAUGCCUAAGCUGUAAUGUUUAUUUAUUAGUCGUUCUAUCUAAUUUUAUAUGAGAUUACAAGAUAAUAAAUUAACCCACAAUAUAUAUUCAAUGUGUUGAGAUAACAAGAACAUUAAGAACUGUUUGCCAGUGGAAGCCGCAGUGCAGUGCCACCUAUGGUGGUGAAUUGUCCGUUAAGACAAAUCCCUUCUCUUGUGUAAGCGUUUCUAUGUGCGCAUGAGCAUUAAUGACCUCUGAACAGGGACGGGGACUGUCGUCGAAUAUGAAUGACUAGACAUGUGAUGAUCUAGUCUGAUCCAUCAUCCACUGUGGUGAACGUGCAGAUCAUAUUACUGUAAACAAGGUCUAAAUCAUUAAUUGCUUAGCAAAAUAAAGUAUUGUACAAUUAAAUACA